AUGCGUUUCCUCUGCUUGCACGGCGCGAGCACCAAUAGCGAGAUCUUCGAGAUCCAAACCGGAGGACUGCGACAAGCCCUCGAAGCUCAGGGUCAUAGAUUUACCUUUGUGAACGGCAGUCUAGAUGCGAGCGUUGAAGCUGAACUCGAAGGCGUCGUCGAAGGACCCUUCUAUAACCACUACCUCCGCUCUCCAUCUCUACCGGGCUCAUCUCUCCACGACGCCUUCGAACACACCCAUCAACUAAUCACCGAAAAGGGCCCCUUCGACGCCGUAAUGGGUUUCUCGCAGGGCGGAGCCCUCGCCGCAGCUCUACUAAUUAACCACGCGAAAACAAAUCCGACCUCGCCGCCUCUCUUUCGCGCUGCUGUUUUUCUGUGCAGUGGAAAACCCUGGGAAAGUUCCGGGUUGGAAUAUGUGGCUCCGAGACAGGAUGUGUUUCCGAUUUCAAUUCCGACGGCGCAUAUCGUUGGCAAAUUGGAUCCACUUUAUCCAGAUGGUAUGAAGUUGUUCAACCUUUGUGAACCGGCUAAUGCGGUCUUUUAUGAUCAUGGAUCGAAACAUAUGGUACCCUUUGAUCCUAAAAAUAAUAAGGAGAUGGUGAGGGUUAUUGAGGAGACGGUUGCCAAGGCCAUGAGGGGUUGA